AUCUCCUCACUUGCUCAUCACUCGUUCCCUUUCGGGUUUGUGGCUGAGUUAGACUCUAUCCCUCCAUUACCAAGACAUCCAUUAUGGCCUCACGGACUAGCUUCAGCUCAAGUGGAUCCAUGCGCUCCAUGAGCGGUGGACGUAGGAGUGGCGGGUCUGCGAGCGUUUAUGGAGGUGGUGUAAGUGGUAGUGUGAGGGUCUCCAGCGGCCCGAUGCUCUUUAGCUCUGGAGGUGGUAGCUUCAGAGCAGGUGGUGGCUAUGCAUCAGGUGCUGGCUUCGGAGGUGGUGGGGCCUUUGGAGCAGGUAGUGGCUUCGGAGGUGGUGGGGCCUUUGGAGCAGGUAGUGGCUUCGGAGGUGGUGGGGCCUUUGGAGCAGGUAGUGGCUUCGGAGGUGGUGGCUUUAACCUUGGCGAUGCCAUGGAUAUCUCAGCCAAUGACAAGAUGACGAUGCAGAACCUGAACGAACGUCUGGCCUCCUACCUGGAGAAGGUGCGCAUGCUGGAGAAGGCCAAUGCUGAGCUGGAGCUCAAGAUUCGCCAGUUCCUCGAGGGCAAGACCUCACCACAGGCCAGAGACUACUCUGCAUACUUUGCCACCAUCGCUGACCUUCAGGGCAAGAUCCAGGAUGCCAUCCUCAUCAAUGGAGGCAUUUACCUUAACAUUGACAAUGCCAAGCUCGCUGCUGAUGACUUCAGACUCAAGUAUGAGAAUGAGCUGGCCAUGAGGCAGUCAGUGGAGGCUGACAUCGCUGGGCUGAGGAGAGUCCUGGACGAGUUGACGUUGGCCAGAUCAGACCUGGAGAUGCAGAUUGAGGGUCUAAAGGAAGAGCUGGUCUUCCUCAAGAAGAACCAUGAGGAGGACCUUGCCGCAGCACGGAAUCAGAUGAGCGGUCAAGUCCAUGUCGAAGUUGAUGCCAAACCACAAGAAGAUCUGAGCAAAAUCAUGGAGGAAAUGCGUGAGCACUAUGAAGCCCUUGCCGCUAAAGGCCGCAAAGAACUUGAUGCUUGGUUCAAUAACAAGUGUGAGUCGCUAAACAAAGAGGUCGCCGUAAGCACAGAAACAAUUCAGACCAACAAAACGGAGCUGACAGAGUUGAAGCGCACACUGCAGGGGCUGGAGAUCGAGCUACAGUCACAACUCAGCAUGAAAGGUUCUCUCGAACAGACGCUAGCGGAUACACAGGCACGCUAUGCGGCCAAGCUAGGAGGUUACCAGAACCAGGUAAUGAAUAUGGAGGAGCAGCUGGUGCAGCUUCGCGCUGAUCUCGAGCGUCAGUCCCAGGAGUAUCAGGUGCUGCUGGACAUCAAGACCAGACUUGAGGCAGAGAUCACAGAGUACAGGAGACUGAUGGAUGGAGAAGGAUCCGCCACCACCAGCAUGAAAUCCUCCUCUAGUGUUUCCUCUGGCGGUAGCACCUCCUCUAGUGUCACCAAACAGAGGGUUGUGAUUGUCACAGAGGAGAUGGUGGAUGGUAAAGUAGUCAGCUCCUCCAGUACUACUGAGAGCAAAACACUCAAAAAGUAAGCAUGCUGAGUCUUAAUUGAGAAGAUGCCGAAGGUUGUUGAAAGUGGCUCUGUCUCUGUCUCUGCCUCUGGCUCCAGCUCUAACUCCAGCUCCAGGAAAACCACAAAAGUGGUAACUGGCAUCAAUAAAGUGUUGAAUCUCUUAAA